AGCUUAUAAUAGCUUAUAGCACUGUUAAGCAAUGGAAUAGGUUCUUGAUUGAUCGAUUUGUUACAGAAAUUAGUGGUCUGGUGAUUUUCAAGAUCAAGAAAGAUUUCUCGAGGAACAAUGUCUUCAUUGGGUACAUCAAAGGGUAUUUUAGAGAUCGCAAAGUUUGGUGUUUAUGUCACAGUUCCAAUCAUUCUUAUGUACACUUUCGCCAACAAUACCAAGAAUCUCCAGAAAUUCAUGGGAAAUAAAUCUUACAUAGUAUAUCCCCCAGAGGGACCAAGGCCUCCAUCACCAGAGGAACUAAGGGAAAUGGCGCGAGAAUUAGUUCGUGAGAGGAAGAGUCACUGAUACUGGCUGCAAGUGACUUUUGUGGCCUUUCAUCUGUGUUAGAUAGCAGUCCCAAUGAACAACACAUGUGUAAUAUGCAGCUCUAGACUUUGUGGCUUCUAUUCUAGUGUUUCAAUAAUGUGUCUCAUCUAGUUAAUGUUAAAGCGGAUUCCAUUUGCUUCUACCUUCUGGUUUUCCUGAGAUAUGCAGAUUGUAUAGUGGUAAAGCUUGAGAAUUAGUUGGAUAAACUUUCAAUAGGGUAUAAAGAAGACCCUACUGGACGAAUCAGAGACAAAUGUCCUUCCGAAGGCUUUAUAUGUUUGUCAUUUCUGUUUGUAUCCUUAUUAACAAAGCCUAAUUUUGUAAUCCACCAUUCAAGAUUUAAAAUA